UGACCAAUAGAAGAACCGGCAUAGAAUGGGCACCUUGACAUCGUAUAUUGCUAUAUCCAUUGAAAAAUUUGUAAACAAUCCAAAUGUGUGGAAUUGCACAGAAAAGUUCUUCGCUCGUGUUACAAAAAAACUUUUUGGAAAUUUGAAAUAAAAUAUAUUUCCAACCCCCGUGUUAAUUCAAAGCCAUUUUAAUCGAUAUUGUAAAGAUGAUAACUGAAGGUAAAAUGGAAAAGCAAGAAUCGUUUCCAAAACCUGAUUUUGUUUUGCAACAAUUACAAAUAUUUUUAAGUGGAGCUAGCAGAAUAGCCAAAGUAAGAAAUGCAGAAGUUGCUCAUGCUGCCAUUUGUCUACUCAAAUCAACAGAAGCUGCUCGGGAUGCAGCAUUGGAACAUGCUUACAAUCUUUUUGAUGAAUCUGUCAACAAUUUCCUGAAACUUGAAAUCAGUGAUCGUGAUUCAGAAGGACUUUCUAAUGAUACCAUCGUUCAGGAAGUCCAUAAAGUUCUCUCUGAUUAUGUUGAUAAAGAACCUGAAACAUGGGCUCCUAUCAUUUCAACUUGGUCUUUAGACUUACUAGGUUACCUCAGCAGUAAAUAUGCUGAUCGCAGAGGUGUAUUACAUGCUAGCCUUCCAGAAGUUUUACAAUUAUGGAUGUCAUGCCCACCAACUAGAAUGCUCAUUGACUUAACAACACAGUGCCUUUCUACACUUGUUAGCAGUAACCCUGAUACUUGUAUUGAUGCUUUAAUUGAAACUUCUGUUAGACAUUCCCCACAUUUUGAUUGGGUAGUGGCUCAUAUUGGAUCUUGCUUUCCUAAUACAGUAAUUACUCGUGUAUUAGCUUGUGGUUUAAAAGAUUUUAUGCAACAAGAUAUUGCUGAUGAAGCCCAGAUAAGCACAAAUAAAAAUCCCAAAAUUGCAUCAGUUGUUGGUAUUUUAGGACAUCUUGCAACUCAUCAUGAUUCAGAUACACGUUCUGCCAUUCGCAAUUUGUUCAAUGAAAGUUUUUCUGAUUCAGCAACUAGGGAGCAAUUGGCAGCUGGACCAUUUCUAUUGCAUUUGGCUGCUAUGUCUGAUACAUUGUCCCAUGUGAUUUCUUCAGAGUUUGUUAAAGUUGUUAAUCCUGAAGUUUUAAAUAAGAUGUAUUAUCAAGUAGAGAAAUGGAAAUCUGCUAAAAUUCCUGGAACAGAAGGAUUGGCUAAUUUAGUUGUUCAUUUAUUGUUGCGCAGUGAUGGAGGAUGUCAAGUAAUUCGAUGCUUGUUAAACAUCAUGCCUCCUUCUAAUGUGGAAGUUCAUGCAGGAAUUAAAUCAGCUGCAGGGCUAAUCCUAGAUUCUGUUUUGAUAGAAAUUCAAAGGAGAGCUUAUGGUGGAGCUGCUGAAAUACCUCUUUUACACUUUCUCAAAACCCAUGUUGCUGAUUUGACUUCCUGUCUGAUUAACCCAGACACAUCAAAAGCAAGCUGGGUUUUAAAUCUUUUAAAAUUUAUUUGUUUUCAUGGGGAAGAACCAGCUACUGUUUUUGUGCUUGGUUAUCUAAUGAGUAGCGUAGACAAUGCUGCCCCAUACAUUAGCAACAUUUACCAGGAUAUAAGAAUGCACCAACCUCAGGCUCUUUCUGCAACUUUAUUGCAUCAAAUGGCAGAACUGAAAUCCAACAGGCUUUCUAAACCUGUUACCCUCAUACAAAAUAUCAUUAGUUUAUGUCAGAGAGACCCAUGGACAGGUCUUAUUACUGAAGGCAUGGCACCUAACUUAGAAGUAUUAGCUGGACAGAUUGAUAGUAAAAAUACUGAGUAUUCUGAUGCAGUUGUAGAACUUUUAUCCAUCUGUGUUAAUCCUAAGCAAAUGCCCAUGAGUUCUUUAUUUAUCGUAUGUUCAUCUGUAGUAAGCUACUUCUUUCAUUUAUUAGGUAGAAAAGGCAUAGAUCUUGUCAUAAAAAUUACUUUAAUAAAUAAUGUUAAGAAUUUGUUGUCCAAUCUAUGCCAACAAUCAUCAGCACAACAUGCAGUACUACGUAUGCUUUUGGAAGGUGUUCUUGACAAAAAAUAUUCUUUAUUGUUUGGUGCAAAACUGAAAUUAAAUGAAUCAAAACUGAUCUCUGAAACUAAUCUUCUGGAUGAAAAUGUUAAAUAUAUGUCUUCUAUCACUCUGCCUCAAAGUCAUUCUUCUGUUUUUCAUUCUGGCAUCAUUGGUUCUGGACUUAGGAUCACUAAGAAUAUUCCACAACCUGAGAAAGAUAUAAUCCUCCUCAAUAAACAAGUCAUCUUAGACAUUAUUCAGGCAUGCUGUAAAACAUCUUGGAGAUUUCCAUUAGAUGAUAUAUCUAAUUCAAAUAAUAAUUCACUGAUUCCUGGUAUGAAGAUAGUAGCUUUACUGAUGGUAGAACUUAUUUCUCCUGAUGUGAUGUUUAAUGGUUUACCUUGGCCAGAUGAAGACUACUUGAAGGUCACUGUAGAACGUGAUUUGCAUAUCAAAAAGAUGUUUGAAGAUUAUCCUAUUUUAUGGGACUUACUGUCACUAGUAGCAACCAAUCAUCCAUCUUUAUGUUAUUGUAGUGUUCUUCUCAGAGCUGUUAUGGCUGUUUUACUUUCAUUUUGGUCCAGUAGUCAAGAAAAAGUCACCACAAAUUGCCCUAAGGAAUUGGCUACCAGUCAACACCUUAUUAACAUCAUGGCUACAGGGCAACUCUUACCUCCCCCCUUAUCUUACAUUGAUGAGGUAUUGCCCCUAGUCACUCCUUAUGAGGCUUUCAACCUUCUCUCAGACAUCUGGCAAUAUAUGCGGGACAAUGUCCCUAGUCCUGCCCUGUUCCAUUCUAAAGCACCAGGCUCCUCAAGAAUGUGGAGAGAUUUCUCUGGAGACAAGAAAGAUGAGACAAAACAAUUUUGUGACAAGAAAUAUAUCAGUAGACUGAGAUUUAUUUUAUUUGCUAAUAUUGAAAAAUUUGGGGUGGUGUAUGCAAAAUUUUUCCCUUCAGGAUAAUUUCUUUUGUCAUGUUUUGAUUUUUUUAUUAAAGGAUAUUUUUGAUAUUUAAGAAACGUUUUUAUACAUGGAGUAAACGUAA